GGGAGAAAGCUGCGUCUUUUCUUUGCCUCAGACACACACUCUCACUCAUCCACCGGCGCGCACACACAUGAGGCGACGGGCAUAUGUCGGUAUAUGCAACAGAUCUGUCUGCGAGGAGAUCACCACGGGUUGUUUUUGUGUGCUUACCAAAAGGACAGUUUAGUAAUUUAUCUAUUUAUUUAUUUUUUGUCUUAUUUGUUUUUGCGGAGUUGUUUUGCGGCAGUGAGCAGCAGCAGCGGAGGAUUUAACAUGCCAGACGUCUGAGAAGACUUCCAUUCCCUCCCCCUUGAAAAUUUUUCCCCUCUGUGGAAGUAAUCGCCACAGUGUGCGUACUGAAGAUGCGGGCAAAAAUGAUCCAAACCAAAGGAAAUGUAUUCUCUUCGGCACUAUUUAAACUACUGCUUUUGGUCGCGCUUAUGCACGGCGUCACCGGUAAGACUUUGAAAUAUAAAGUUUACGAGGAGCAGAAAGUGGGCACGGUUAUUGCACGGUUAAAGGAAGAUGUUGCUGGGGUUUUAUCCAAACUACCGAGUUCUCUGACCUUUCGGUUCCGCGCUAUGCAACGAGGGAGCACGCCAUUCCUGUCGGUCCGGGAGGAGGACGGAGAGAUCAGCAUUGGCACCAAAAUCGACCGCGAGAAGCUUUGUGAGAAAAACUUGAACUGCUCAAUUGAAUUCGACGUGGUCACGCUCCCCACGGAGUACUUGCAGCUGUUUCAUGUGGAGGUGGAAGUACUGGACAUUAACGACAACUCCCCGCACUUCUCCCGCGCCAUCGUCCCCAUUGAGAUCUCAGAGAGCGCGUCUGUUGGGACGCGCAUCCCUCUGGACGGCGCCGUGGAUGCGGACGUCGGGGAAAACUCCCUGCACACAUACUCCCUGACACCCAAUAACUUCUUUAAGAUCGAUGUGAGGACCAGGACGGACGGAGCCAAGUAUGCAGAGCUGGUGGUGAUGAGGGAGUUGGAUCGGGAGGUGCAGUCCAGCUACCAGCUGCAGCUCACCGCCUCGGAUAAUGGUGUGCCCCCAAAGUCUGGCUCCACUCUAGUCAAGAUCAGCAUCUCGGAUUCCAACGACAACAGCCCAGCCUUUGAUGAGCAGGCUUAUAUUAUCAGUUUGCUGGAAAACUCUCCCCUUGGGACUCUAAUCAUUGAUCUAAACGCCACAGAUCCAGACGAGGGCACUAAUGGGAAAAUAGUCUACUCUUUCAGCAGCCACGUCUCGCCAAAGAUCUUGGAAACAUUUAAGAUAAACCCAGAAAAUGGUCACAUUACACUUAUUAAAAAAGUGGACUAUGAAACCACUGCUUCCUAUGAGCUGGAUGUUCAGGCUCAGGACUUGGGCCCUAAUUCCAUUCCUGGACUUUGCAAAAUUGUGGUUAAAGUGGUGGAUGUAAAUGACAACAAACCAGAGAUAAACAUCAACCUGAUGACGCCUGGCAAAGAGGAGGUGGCCUACAUUUCAGAAGGCGCCCCAGUGGACACUUUCAUAGCUCUGGUGCGUGUGGACGACAGUGAUGCUGGGCUCAAUGGCGAGGUGGUGUGCAGGCUGCACGGCCAUGGCCACUUCAGGUUACAGAAGACCUACGAGAAGAACUACAUGAUCCUCACCAACGUCUCCCUGGACAGGGAGAAGAGAUCAGAGUACAGUCUGACAGUCAUAGCGGAGGACAGGGGCUCUCCUAGCCUCUCCACCAUCAAACACUUCACCGUUCAGGUGCUGGAUGAAAAUGACAAUCCGCCGUGUUUUGAGAAGAGCCGUUAUGAGGUCUUUAAAUCAGAGAACAACUCUCCCGGAGCCUACCUGAUGACCGUGGUGGCCUCAGAUCCUGAUCUGGGCACCAAUGGCCAGGUCACCUACACCAUCGUAGAUGCUCUGGUUCAGGGGAGCCCCAUCUCCACCUACGUCACCAUUGACCCUUCUAAUGGUGCCAUUUAUGCCCUACGUAGCUUUGACCAUGAAGACGUCAGCCGGAUCGCCUUCACAGUUCAGGCACGUGACGGGGGAAACCCUGUGCUAUCAACUAACACCACUGUCCUGCUGACUGUUCUGGAUGAAAAUGAUAACCCGCCAAUCAUCCACUCCCCCUCCCUCCGGAACCACACUGCUGAGCUGCCAGUGUGGAAGUAUGCAUCACCUGGUCAGCUGAUCACCGCACUCAAAGUCACAGACCGGGACACCGGCACCAACGGAGAAGUUAGCUGCGCCAUCGUCGGUGGCAACGAGGAUGGACUUUUUGUGAUGGAUGCUCGGCGAUGUGAGCUCAGAACUAACGCCAGCUUGGAGCAGGCUCCACGGGAUGUGAUGGAAAUCAGGGUGGAAGUGCAGGACAGGGGCACCAUCCGGCUGUCCACAGGGGCCCUCUUCAAGCUCUCCCUGCAGGAGACUAUGGACAUCCUUCCCCCUCUUUAUCCCACUGGCUCCAGCCAGGCCCCCCUGGAUCUCUCCCUUAUUGUCAUCAUCUCUCUGGGUGCCGUUUGCGCUCUGCUGCUAAUCGUCAUGGUGAUGUUUGCCACUGCCCGUUGCAACCGGGAGAAGAAAGACCCCAGACACAACUACAACUGCCGUGUGGCAGAGAACAGCUACCAGAACCACCCCAAGAAGCCCGCCAGGCAGAUCCACAAGGCGGAUAUCACCCUGGUCCCGACCGUCAACGGGACUCUGCCUGUACGGGCCCACCCACGCUCCCCCUCAGCCUCCCCUAUACCUGAGAGGGGUACCCUUGGGAGCAGGCAGAGCCAUCACAGCCGCCAGUCCCUCAACAGCCUGGUCACCAUCUCCUCCAAUCAUGUGCCGGAGAACUUUGCCCUCGAGCUGGCCCAUGCUACACCUCCUGUAGAGCAAGUUUCACAGCUUCUGUCCAUGCUCCAUCAGGGCCAGUACCAGCCACGACCAAGCUUCAGAGGCAACAAAUACACCAGGAGCUACAGAUAUGCCCUAAACGAGAUGGAUAAAUUCAGUCUGAAGGACAGCGGUCGUGGAGACAGCGAGGCUGGGGACAGUGACUACGAGCCUGGCAGGGAGUCACCCAUGGAUAGGCUCCUUGGUGAGGGCUUUACUGAGAUAUAUGCCCCUGAUGGCCAGCACAGACCGCAUGCAGCUAUGAGACUGUGCACAGAGGAGUGUCGUGUCUUGGGUCACUCGGAUCAGUGCUGGAUGCCCCCCCUGGCCUCCCCGGCCUCGGUCUCCUCCGACUACCGCAGCAACCUCUACAUCCCCGGGGAAGAAGCCCGCCAAGCGACUGACCUCUCCCAGGAGAAGACACCGCAGCCCUGCACUGACACCGGCCCAGCCCGCAACCAGAGCUUCUCCACCUUCGGCAAGGACCUGGGGGGUGAGGACGGUCCGGAGGAGGAGGAGGAGGGGGGAGGGGAGUGUGGGGGCGAGUCCAGAGAUGAAGACCUGUGCGGGACCACGUCGUUGCUGACGGAGAUGAGCAGCGUGUUCCAGAGGUUGCUCCCCCAGGGUCUGGACUCGUAUAUCCAGGUCAACGAGAACCAGAAGGGGACUAGUCUGAGUGGGGUGGGGGUACCCAUGACUGGGUCUUUAGAUCGCAGGAGGGGCCACCUCCCUGGCAAGCCCAACCCCUCCGUGCACCAGCAGGGCGUGGCAGCCUGGGCCGCCAACACCCACUUCCAGAACCCGGGAAGCAGCAUCGGCCCGUCGGGGCACCACCAGGCUGGCAGCUAUCACACCCUGAAACCCAGCACCAAGCUCAGCUCCCAGAGCAGCAAGGGCUCCCAGGCGCCCAAAAACAGUCCUCAGAACAGCGGACACCCGCCCAAACCCCACAGCAGCCCCCUCCUCACUGCACUCGUCAGCCCCACUCUAGUGCAGGUGUCCCCGGCCCCGGUGGCAGUGCCCGUGGCGCUCCCCGGGCCCUCCUCCAAGUGGCUCCCAGCCAUGGAGGAAAUACCAGAGAACUACGAGGAGGACGAUUUUGACUCUGUGCUCAGCCACCUUCAGGGCAAACGUAGCGACAGCCGCCACGAGCUGGUGGAUGCCAGCGAGCUGGUGGCUGAGAUCAACAAACUCUUACAGGAUGUCCGGCAGAGCUAGACUUCCUGUUUCUUUAUUUAUUCACCACCCACGGACAGCUUCCAGAUAAAAGCGAAGGACGGUGGGUGGCAAAAGAAAAAAGAUACAAAAAACAAGACCUGCAAUCGUCGUUAAAGUUGCAUUACUAAUGUAAUAAUUGUGUUUUGUGAAUGCUAAAUAUCCAAAAAAAAUGUUUGUAAUUGCUGGUUUGGUACACAAUGUACACUAUGUGACUGUAUUUAUCUUUGUAUUUUGAAAAUACAUUUGUAUACUUAUAUUUAUAAAAAAAAGUGUAUAUAAACUUAAUCAGAAGUCUAUUUUUAUAUUUUUAAUGCAUGUUGAGUACAAAAACCGUGAAUCAAGACUUUGACAUGCGAUCGACAUUCUACAUAUUUAAAUUGUCUUUUGUAUUGUGAUUCUUUUUUAUUUGUCACUAUGAUAUGUAUACAUGAGUAUAUUAAUGAAUUAAUGGACACAUGUCUUUGUGGGUAAUUGUGGGAGAGGGGACAAUACACAAAUAAAAAUAAUACACAAA